UAUGGAAGAUAUUAAGGAAAAUAUUGAACAAAAUUUAGAAAAUGAGGAAUUGGAGGAUGAUGAAUUGGAAGAAAAUGAAUCAGAGAAGAAUGAAUCAGAGGAGGAUGAAUUGGAAGAGAAUAAAUCAGAGAAGAAUGAAUUGGAAGGGAAUGAAUCAGAGGAGGAUGAAUCAGAGGAGGAUGAAUUGGAAGAGAAUGAAUCAGAGGAGGAUGAAUCAGAAGAGGAUGAAUUGGAGGAGGAUGAAUAUGAAUUGGAGGAAGAUGAAUCAGAGGAGGAUGAAUUGAAGGAGAAUGAAUUAGAAA